UCCGGCAAUCGGCAGGCCCCAGAAACGGAAAUUUUUUUUUGCUCGUUAUAUACGGACGUUUCGCCUUUCUACAGAGUUGUCUCUUCCGCCAUAGCAAUUUCUUCGGUUUCCAAAUCUUGCCUUCUUCCUCCAUCUCUGCAGCCGCUGCUGUUCCCCAUUUCCCUUCUCGUGGGGGAUCGUUCAGAUCUCUGUACAAAGAUCCGAUUCAAAUCGAAUAUGGGUCUGUCGAGAAUGAAGUUGUUAAGUCGAUUUCGGAUCUUGGUUUUAGCUUGUUCUUUGAUUUUUCAACUCGGAUAUGGAUUUUACCUUCCUGGUAGCUAUCCCUACAAAUACGUUGUGGGCGACUUGUUGUCGGUGAAGGUUAAUUCUCUUACUUCUAUCGAGACCGAAUUGCCAUUUGGAUAUUAUAGUUUGCCGUUUUGUAAGCCUAAAGAGGGUGUUAAGGACAGUGCCGAGAAUCUUGGUGAGCUUCUGAUGGGAGAUCGAAUUGAAAAUUCGCCUUACCAGUUUAAGAUGUUUACGAAUCAGACGGAUAUUUUUACGUGUUCUUCAGGUCCAUUGACAUCUGAUCAAUUUAAGAUCAUGAAGGAGAGAAUUGAUGAAAUGUAUCAGGUUAAUUUGAUUCUUGACAAUUUACCUGCGAUCCGUUAUACUCAGAAGGAAGGCUAUGUUCUGCGGUGGACUGGUUAUCCAGUUGGGGUUAAGGUUAAAGAUGCUUAUUAUGUGUUCAACCAUUUGAAAUUCAAGGUUCUUGUUCAUAAAUACGAGGAGGCCGAUAUGGCUCGCGUAAUGGGCACUGGUGAUGCUGCUGAGUUGAUCCCGACGAUUGGGAAAGAGGGAUCUGAUAUUCCUGGAUAUAUGGUUGUUGGGUUUGAGGUGGUUCCUUGUAGCGUCGUGCACAAUAUCGAACAGGUGAAGGACUUGAAAAUGUACCAAACAUAUCCUAAUGCGAUACAGUGUGAUCCGUCCACCGUAUCGAUGCCGAUCAAGGAAGGAGUGCCUAUUGCUUUUACAUAUGAAGUUAUGUUCGAGGAGAGUGAUAUCAAAUGGCCAUCUAGGUGGGAUGCUUAUCUUAAGAUGGAGGGAUCCAAAGUCCAUUGGUUCUCAAUCAUGAAUUCGAUGAUGGUGAUUACUUUCCUUGCUGGUAUUGUUUUUGUUAUCUUCUUGAGGACUGUUCGGAGGGAUCUGACUCGGUAUGAGGAGCUCGACAAGGAGGCUCAAGCACAGAUGAAUGAGGAGUUAUCUGGCUGGAAACUUGUUGUUGGUGAUGUCUUUAGAGCUCCCUCGAAUUCGUCACUCUUGUGUAUCAUGGUUGGUAAUGGGGUUCAGAUUCUUGGAAUGGCAGUUGUGACGAUAUUAUUUGCAGCCCUCGGAUUCAUGUCGCCAGCGUCUCGUGGAGCCCUCAUUACUGGUAUGUUGUUUUUCUAUAUGAUUCUCGGCGUUGCAGCUGGUUACGUCGCUGUUCGUUUGUGGAGGACAAUGGGUUGUGGUGACAACAAAGGUUGGAUUUCUGUCUCAUGGAAGGUCUCUUGCUUCUUUCCUGGUAUAGCCUUUUUGAUCUUAACCACUCUGAACUUCCUUUUAUGGGGAAGUCAUAGCACUGGAGCCAUUCCAUUUUCCCUUUUUGUUAUUCUGCUCUUGCUCUGGUUCUGCAUAUCGGUUCCACUUACGCUCGUUGGGGGUUACCUCGGGUCCAAAGCGUCUCAUAUCGAGUACCCGGUUCGUACUAACCAAAUCCCUCGUGAAAUCCCUGCUCAGAAAUAUCCAUCCUGGUUGUUAGUUCUUGGUGCUGGCACUCUUCCUUUCGGAACGCUAUUCAUCGAGCUGUUCUUCAUCAUGUCUAGUAUCUGGAUGGGUCGUGUGUACUACGUUUUCGGGUUUCUCUUCAUUGUCUUGGUCCUUCUCGUGGUGGUUUGCGCCGAAGUAUCUUUAGUUCUUACCUACAUGCAUCUGUGUGUGGAGGAUUGGAAAUGGUGGUGGAAGUCCUUCUUUGCAUCUGGUUCGGUUGCCAUAUACAUCUUCUUGUAUUCCAUUAACUAUCUGAUCUUCGAUCUCAAGAGCCUGAGCGGACCGGUCUCUUCGACCCUUUACCUCGGAUACUCCCUUCUAAUGGUGUUUGCGAUCAUGCUCGCAACCGGUACGAUCGGGUUUCUUUCCUCAUUCUGGUUUGUUCAUUACUUAUUCUCUUCAGUGAAGUUGGAUUGAUGGAGUUUCUUAGAAACAGCAGAAGAUCAGUGGCAGGCAGUUUAGUAGAAUUGUAUGGAUUGUUUGAUUAUUAUGAUAUGAAAUGAUAUGAUAUAUUAGUUUUCGUCGAUUCAUUUCAACGCUUGCGACGACAUGAAUAAUACCGUCCCGUUUUGAUGUAUUUUCUUUGUGUUUUAAGGGAGAGAUUGUUGCCUGGAUUAUGAUAUGAUACAAUACAAAUAGAUUUUCAUUUGCAUUCUUAGAUGUUUUAAUGGUAGUUUGUAACACAAAUUAUGUGGGGUUUUAUUAGUAUACGUAAACUUCAUUUCACUUGUCCUUU